UGGCCGCGGACUGUCAGGCGAAAUAAUUCACUCUCUUGUGAUUUUCUUCUCAUAUUGGCCAAUUUUCGACACUUCCUUGAAGAAAUGGGUUUAUCACAGAGUUCAGAAGUAUCCGAGGGAGGGACGUAUGGAUACCAUGUGCACAGCGUGCAGCCCAACUCCCCUGCAGAAAACGCUGGACUGCAGCCCUUCUUUGACUUCAUUCUGUCUCUGGACAACAGAAGACUGAAUGAGGAAAAUGAGCAGCUGAAGGAGAUUCUGAAGGCCAGCGUGGAGAGAGCAGUGAAGAUGGAGGUGUACAGCACUAAAACCCUGACGCUUCGGGAGCUGGAGGUCAUGCCCAGUAACUUGUGGGGAGGGCAGGGUCUGCUUGGUGCCAGUGUUCGCUUCUGCAGCUACCAAGGAGCCAACGAGAAUGUUUGGCACGUGCUGGAUGUGGAGGCCAGUUCUCCUGCUGGACUGGCAGGGCUUCAGCCUCACACUGACUACAUCGUCGGAGCGGAUCAAGUGAUGCAAGAUUCGGAAGACUUCUUCUCGCUGAUCGAGGCGCAUGAAGGGAAGCCCCUGAAGCUGCUGGUGUUCAACGCACAAACAGACACCUGCAGAGAGGUGGUGGUCACACCUAACGGAGCGUGGGGCGGAGAGGGCAGUUUGGGUUGUGGGAUUGGCUAUGGCUACCUGCAUCGAAUACCUGCAAACCCUGAAGUAUCCACGGCAACACCGCCCCCCCCUGUUCCUGAGGUUCAACCCUCUCCAGAACCGCCGGCUCAUGGAUUCACGGAGACACCUUUGAUUGCACCUUCAUACCAAAGUGAUGAUGUAGCAGAGCUGGAGCAGGUCAACCUCCAGGAAGCUCCUCUACCUCCCCCUGUGCAGAGAGUCAUGGACCCCGGUUUCUCCGACUCUGAGGGGGCGUUGAUGAACCCUGACCCGUCAGACCUCAUGGACAGACUGGAUUUGUCCAUGUCGUCCAUCGACAUGACCAACACCUCACUGGCCAUGCACGAGGAGAAGGAAGGUGACAUCUCUGGUGUUGAUGUGCUGGAGGACAGCGUGCUGGUAACCUCAUCAGCAGACCAGACACAAGAGCUGAGCUCUCAGGCGGUCAUGGACCUCUCCUCUGCGCUCUCUGCUAACGACACGUUGUCAGAUUCAGGCGUCCCACCAGCUGAAACGUCUCACCUCAUCUCUGAGGCCACAGAAUCGUCUGUCUCUUUGUGUGAGACACCUCUCCCUGCUGAGGCUCCCGAGCCUAAUGCUGAGCCCCCCGUCUCAUCUGAAGAGCCUCGCUGCCCUUCUCCAGUCGACCUCCUCCAAUCCUCUGAUGUGACUGAGCCGUCAGCGGACGAUUCUCUUGCCCAGGCCAUCGAGGAAGCAACAGGGCCAGAGGAGGAGCAGUCAGAAGAGCCUCUAGAUUCAGCUCCUGCUCACCACUGCAGCCAUGACAGUGAUGAGGAGGAACCAGAAGAGCAGCAUCUUGAGUAAGCUUGUAUCAGGCCAUGAGCACAGUACAGAGAGAAGCUGACAAUCACUGGGGCUUUUUUAUAGAAACACUGUACAGGGAAUACAGAACAGAGUAAGGGAAAGCAUUUUGGAAGUCUUACAGCCGACGGCCUGUUUACACCAGGUUUUAAAAUGCAUCCUGAGUGAUCCAAUCAGAAGCAGACCGCUUUAAGAUGUGAACACCGUGUUCGCUAAUGUGUCCCGGGACACAAACACUCUGUCUCUGUAACGAGGCUAACAGUGAUGUCUACAAUGAUGUUGAUUGGCAGACAACUCUCCUGUCAUUCUCGGCGUGGACUUUAGGUCCUGUGAAAACCUUUUGAUUCUUUUAUUUCUCAAGCAGGUGAAGCAUAGUGUGUGUUUUAUGGAGGGGUGUUAACACGGGACACAUCGGGUCCAUAUCAUUGAUCCAGUGAGAUCCGGUGUGUUUAAAUUGUAGAUAUGGAAUGGACUGAAAAAAAAAAAAAUGCUUCUUUGUCUCAGAGAGUGAGACAGAUGCUAAGAUUUGACCCACAAGCUUUUCAUGUUAAUUUUUAAGAUUUCAGAAAUAGUUUUUCUUUAGAAAGUUUAAGAUGUCAGAAUGAGUGAUCACAUUCACACUUUAUUGAUUAGUUUUUUAAGUAGUAUGAAUCGUAUUAGGUGCUGGUUAUGUGUGUAUUUGUAUUCAGAGAAGGGACGUGAGAUGUGACAACAAGCUGUCACUAGCUUUAGAUUUAAAGAGGCAUACUCAGAUCACUCAGGACGCAUGUUAACACCAGGUGUGAACAGGCUCAGUGGGGCUCCUUUUGUCAGGUCACAUAUCGGGGAAAAAAGCAAAAGGAUCAACAAACAAGUAGGAAAAACACUGUUAGGAGCUUUCACAUAUGCACCCCUGAAAACUUCUGGAAUAUUUAAGCAGGCAGCGUUCCUCAAAUCUUCCUGAGUUGCACCUCAGCUAAGUGGGAAGGGGGGGGGGGUGUCAGGAGGCGGGACAUAUAGGAAUUCCGAUGCUAUGAUUACAAGUUUUGCAUUUACCUCAGUGUUAAAUGUUCCACAUUGUCACGGUAUCGAUGAGGGGGAGAAGAACUUACCGGCGAACAGUAAACAUAAUAAUUCCAUUAAGUGCACAGAGAUUGCAUCAGUUGUGCAGGUCACAGGAUAUAAAUGUCUUCAGCCCCCCCCCCCCACCCAACUCACUCCUUUUUCCUGACUAUUUCCUGCUGUGUUCUCUCACACAAUGACUUCAUGUCAAAUAUUCACUAGUGAGCUGGCAGGAGAAAUUCAGGGGAAAGUCGGGGUGAAACAUUUGGGUAUUUGCGUUCAUAUACUUGAGGAAGUUUUGGGGAGUUUUGUGCAUGUGUGAAAACACCAUCUGAUUUAUAUGCUAGAAUUUAAAGUUACUGUUGAUAAGUUCAUCAUGUGAGCAAUUUUUCCAGUGUAGACAGGUGACAUACUGGUACUCUAAUAUGGAGCGUACUUGAACACUUUAAAAGUUUAACACAAAAAUGUUUGUGAGGCAAAGCAACGCGGCACCUUAAAAAUCCCAAACACUAUCCACCAUGUUAAAACUAACAGACUGUCCACAGUACUCGUGUUGCAGUGACAACUGCUGUUAUAGAAUUAUACAUCCAACACUACAGAUUAAAAAAGAAAAGGAGAACUUUUAAUGUAGGUUUGUUUUUUUAUGUUUUUCCCCAGAUUUGACAAGGUCAGUUUAUUUUAAACACUCUUUAAUGUGAUGUACAUUUAUUUUAAAGUCUUUGAUUUGAUAUUUGAAGCCAUGCCUGUGAUCUGUAAAAAAAAAAAAAAAAAAAGUUUCACUUGAUGGAAAUAAGUCCCAACAACUCUUCUUUUGUAAUUAUUGUAAUCUAUGCAACAGACGGCGAGUGCUGCCUCUGAUUUCACACCUUUGAUGUCAUUAUUGAUCAUAAAUCUUUCACAUUCAGCAUUCAAGAAGUCUGAUAGCGGUGAACCUGCUGUUGAGUCAUGUUUUUGUUUUUUAGAGGGCUUGUAAUUUUUUUCACAGUCAGAGUAGGUGCUAGGGUGUCAAAUAAUGAAAAGUAUUUUUGCAGAUAUUUUAUCAAGUAAUUGUAUGUUUUAUUAGGAAUGAGAGCAGAGUCUCUCGGUGAAUGUGAAAUGGGUGAAUCUGAUGGUUAAACAAUCAUAUCACUUCAAAAAGAAAA